AUGAAUGCAGUGGUUUUUGCUUGUCUUUUGCUCUCAGCAACACUCGCUGUCUCACAAGCCAGCUAUAAUAUAAGGCCAAGGUACAGGGCCUUUAAGUACGCUGCUGCCAGAGUUGUUGCUGGUGGUUGUCCUUAUGGAUGGCAUCAGUACAACAAACGUUGUUACUGGUUCAGCAGGGACAAACUUAACUGGUACAGGGCUUCUAUGAGAUGUGUUGCCAUGGGAGGAUACCUGGUAUCCAUUGACCAAUCCCACGAAAACACCUACGUAAGACACAUGUGCAGUAUCUAUGGAUACAGGAGAGGAGCCUGGUUGGCUUUAAAUGACGUUCUGAGACCAAACAAACAUAGGUGGUGCUGGGGAUUCACCGUCAAGCCAUGCCACAAAUUUGACUGGUACGGUCAGGAACCAAUUUAUCAUGAACAUGGGGACUACAAUUGCGGUAUCUUCUGGAGAUCAUACAAAUACCACUGGCACGUUGACAGUUGUGGACAGGUUAACAAUUACAUCUGCGAGAGACCACUGAGGAUUCCCAGCACAACCAAUCUAGAGAGCCAUUACAGUCCUGGGAAUCACAGGAAGGGACAAAAGAUGAGGAAUACAAAGACCAACAAACACAGCAUAGAAGCCAUCAUACUGGCUGUGGAGAAAAAGAGCAGACUAGAACUGGAAACCAUUCAUAGAUGGACAGUAAUUUAG